UCAUCAAAUUAUGAGUUUUACGAGAAAUAAUGGCUUAUUUCCUUUUUUGUUAAUCAUUUGAAAGAGCGCAUUUUGUUAAGUGCACACUCCAGAUCAGACGGUGGCGCUAAAGCGACCAAAAGCUGUUUUUCUAACCGUCAAUAAAGACAAAACAGAAGGAAGAAGAUCAGCUAAAAGAAGAGGAGGACCUAUUUUUCACUGACACAUUACUGCUGCUCUGCUCAGCAGGACAGCUCAGGUAGCUGGUGAUUGCCAAGUAAUGGAGCGUGUGAUGGGAGGAGGAAUGCUACCGGUGGUUUUAACCGGUUUGGGAGUCGUAUUGCUGUACCGGAUACUUGUACGUCUCAGAAAAGGGGCUUCAGUCCAAGGUGCUGUAGUGGUCAUAACUGGGGCCAGCUCUGGACUCGGGAAAGAGUGUGCGCGGGUCUUCCAUGCUGCAGGUGCACGGCUUGUGCUGUGUGGACGUGACGCAGCUCGCCUGCAGCAGGUGGUCCAAGAACUAACAGCGAGUUCAGCAAACACACAGAAACCGACUCACACUCCCUGUACUGUUGUCUUCGACCUGGCUAAAACGGACACGGUGGAGAGAGCUGCAGAAGAGAUCCUGAAAUGUUACGGACAAGUGGACAUCCUCAUUAAUAAUGCUGGAAUCAGUUACCGUGGCAAUAUACUAGAGACUCACAUUUCAGUUCAGCGGGAUGUUAUGGAGACAAAUUACUUUGGGCCCGUUGCUCUUACACAAGCUCUCCUGCCUUCCAUGGUUCGCCGGCGCAGCGGCCAUAUUGUAGUGAUUAGCAGCGUCCAGGGGAAGAUAGCCAUUCCUUACCGAUCAGCCUAUGCUGCCUCCAAGCACGCCACCCAGGCCUACUUCGACUGCUUGCGGGCAGAGAUCGAGCGCUACGGGAUCCCAGUGACUGUGAUCAGCCCCGGGUACAUCCGAACCAACCUGUCGGUCAACGCCGUCACAGGAGAUGGAUCCAAGUAUGGAGUAUUGGACAGAACUACAGCUACGGGCUGGGACCCCAGGGACGUAGCGUGGGAAGUCCUAAAGGCUGUUCGUCAGCAAACUAAAGACGUGGUUUUGGCCGGCCCUCUGCCCACCGCUGCAGUCUACCUCCGCACACUCUGGCCUGCACUUUUCUUCAAGCUCAUGUCCUCGCGCGCUCGCAAGGAGCAAAAACUUAAGGACGAGUGAUGUUCGAGCUGGUGAGGUCUAGGAUCUGAAAUGAGCAAGACUUUGGAGGAAAUGAGGACUGUGUUUUAUAACAUGUGGGACAGAUCUGGAGUGUUUUUUUUUGUACUAUUCAUUGUUUAAUGUCUAAUUUACAUGUUGAUAUUGUCUGUCAUGUCUGAAAGAAAACCUUUUACCCUUCCCACCCAAAAACAACAAAAGAUUGUUGGCAAAAGCUUGCAGUAUCACAUUUUGCAGGCUGGUGAGAAGAGAUGGUUUAAUUUGUAAACUCCAUAACUCAGGGACUCCUGAUGCAAACAGAACAACUUUAAUAAACCAAACUGUGGUAAAGGGA